GACCAAGCGCGUCUCAGUUUCUUCUUGGUCUGCUUCGUAGCUCCUUGUUAAUUUUACACGAAAGUUUAGCUUUUUUUCCAUCGUGUAAAAAAUUGCAUCGAGAAUGCUGAUCGCGGGUAUUCUCAUCGUCGCCUGCCUCGUGCCGCAGUCGCUCGGAAAAAAUGCCCAACACCCGGUGGCAGUGGCCAAUUACGAUUUACUGAUCUUCACGCAGUCCUGGCCGCCGACCAGCUGCUACGAGUGGGAGGAAAAGUCACCGAAACACGAGUGCAAUCUGCCACCGAACGAGGAGUGGUCGAUCCACGGCAUCUGGCCGACCCAGAACCACACGAUGGGCCCGUUCUUCUGUAAUGAGUCGUUGCACUUUGAUUUGGCCGCCCUCGAGCCGUUGAGAGCCAAGCUCGAGGUCAAGUGGAUCGACGUGCACAAAGGCGGAAAGCCGCACGAGUUCUGGAAGCACGAGUGGGAGAAGCACGGCACGUGCGCCAUCGACAUCGAGGAGGUGAGCAACGAAAAAAAGUACUUCCAGAAGGGCCUCGAUUUGAUCGAGAAAUACGACAUGAAGGGGGUGCUGGCUCAAGCUGGCUUGGCGCUCAAUCGGUCCUACGAUCUGCAAGAUUAUUUGGCAGCCGUCAAAAAGGUCUUGGGCACUAAUGCCUACGUCGAGUGCGUCAGAAAUCACAAAAAGAACGAGUCUUACGUAUCGGAAUUGAGAAUAUGCUUCGACAAGAAAUUCCAGCUGAUCGAUUGCAACGGCAUCCCCGAAUUUCCGAGCAAUUGCAAACGCAGCGACAAAAUAAUCUAUCCGGCCUGUCCACCAGAAUUAAUCGCUCCACCGAUGGUUAAACAAGUUUGACGCGCGCUUGCCAAUAUCAUCAAUAUUAAUCGAGUGCGAGAGGCAGUGUCGGAUUUUUUUCAUUCGCACCAUAUCGAAUCGCACUGAUUCAUUUGACGUUUUUUCCUAUGUAAAUAGUUGGGAUGUAUGCGAGAGCCAAAAAUUAUUUUAAUCAACUUUGUUUGCGCAUCAAUACAUUUUUUAUUCAUAAAUUGUGCUCUACAUUAAA